UAGAUAUUGGAGGCAUUACGUUUUGAAUUGUUAUACAUGAGCAUAAAAACUUAUGGUCCAUCGCAUACUUUACUGGGAAUUUGGCUAAAGAACAUUCUCAUAAUUCACCAAACUUUCUUCUUGGUAUGCUUUGAACAGUAAUUACUACUCAACAGGUUUUAAUGGCAGUGCUUGUGGGUUUAGCAUGCUGGUUAUUGAUUUGGACGAUCAAGUUUUCUGAAUUCGAAACUAUCAUGAAAACAUACUACUUCUCCUCAGGGAAAUUAUUGUUGCUCAUCUCGUCAAUAUUUGGAGCUGUGGUUGUUGUUUUCGCAUACUGUAUCGUAAACGUGGAGAGUCCCACACUGCUGUUAAUUCAUCUAAUCUGCAACUUCAUUCUUAUUGCAGCCUUCCUAUCAGUGAGUGUCUGUGGAUUUUUGUUGAUGGUACAGUUGGAUGACGACCUGUCCACCAAAUUCACACUGGCUAUCACUAAAUACUAUGGUAUCAACAUGUCACUGCGUCGAAAUGUGGAUCUAACUAAGACUGUGGAUGAGAUUCAGUUCAAGUUUAAAUGUUGUGGGACCUAUGGAGAGCAAUCCAGUAAUUUUUCAUGGUAUAUUUACAGAGGAUCAAGUGCAUGGUUUUAUGUGACGCAAGUACAAGAUUCGAAAUUUCCACGCCAGUAUGUUCCAGAAAGUUGUUGUGUUUUAAAGGAUAACUAUUUUGAGCUGAAUUCCUUCUCAGAACUCCAAAUGAAAAAUGAUGGUUUUUUAAACAGAGAUAUUUGUGUUGGCUAUCAAUCGCUAUCUGCAAGAGAUGAUACUGCUCCUCGUAUUGAUAAUCCAGGAUAUAUCACUAGAAGUAAUACUUACUUAUAUGAAAGGGGUGUAUUACAGUCAUCAGGCAAGAUUAUCGACAAUAUGCCAUCAUGCUAGCUGCUUCAGGCACAACAGCUCUUGUUCUGUCUAUAAUUGGAUUCAUUAUUUCAUUAGGCUUACUACUUUAUAUUGAAUAUCAACAAUUCAUUCGAAUUUCUACUGAACUGAAUUCAUGUGGUAUUACAACUAAUACGCAGUCAUUUGUACACAAAAAUAUUACUACUAAUUCCAAGCAAACACUACAGAAUGAGACAGUAGUUAAAGCAUAAACGUUUUAUAUUCUAAAUAACAUUUCUAUGCAUUUCAUGUGUAUGAUAUCAAAUAAUGUUUGAGCAUCAAUUUCCGCCACUCUCUGAAUUCCGAACUAAAAUAAAGAUGACCACAGGAGUUGAGUUUCGCCUUUUUUUUCAUAUAACCACAGAUAAUAACUAUAAGUCUUAUUCCUUUUGAGACACAGUAGUCAUAUAACUUGAGUGUUAAUGAAUAUAAUCCAAUCACCGUAAUAUAUAUAACCUAUGAGAUUUAUC